AAGCGCUGAGAAAUAAUUACCUGCCUUGAUUGUUCUAUGGCUAGAUAAAAAAGUACACAUACACUCCAUAUAAUAAUCGGAUGCAUGUAAAAGAGUCGGGGAAGCUUCGACAUGUCGACCACGGGUCCCAUAAGUAAUUAUUAUGUGGACUCCUUGAUCAACCAUGAAAACGAGGAUGUCCUUGCUGCAGCUCGGUUUUCGGCUCCCGGUUCGCACCCAGCCGGCCCUCGCCCAACGUCUCUAGUACCGGAGUGUGCUGACUUUCCUUCCUGCAGCUUCGCACCCAAGGCACCCGUCUUCUCCACCUCCUGGACCCCUGUACACUCCCAGUCAUCAGUGGUUUACCAUCCAUACAGUCAUCAACCUCAUUUAGGCACAGACUCGAGGUAUAUGCGGUCAUGGUUGGAGCCGAUAUCAGGCGCCGUGCCUUUCCAUGGCUAUCCGGGGAACAGCAGGCACUAUGGGCUGAAGCCCGACGCCUUUCAGGAGCACAGAGCCGCCGAGUGUCUCGGCUCCAGCGGACGGACCUACACGGAUUAUCUGUACUGCUCGUCCACUGACAUGCGAGAGAAGACGCAGCAAAAUAUCCCCUCUCCCGAGUCGGAAAUCCUGACUUCAGGGAAACAUAAAGACGAGAAGCCGGAGCUAGAUCCGAAUAACCCUGUGGCAAAUUGGAUACACGCCCGCUCCACGAGGAAGAAGCGAUGUCCAUACACAAAGUACCAGACUCUCGAACUGGAGAAGGAGUUUUUGUUCAAUAUGUACCUUACUAGAGACCGCCGAUUCGAGGUCGCGAGGGUCCUGAAUCUGACCGAGAGACAGGUCAAAAUCUGGUUUCAGAACCGGCGAAUGAAGAUGAAGAAAAUGAACAAAGAAAAGACCGACAGCAAAGAACAAUAAUGUGUGGACUGCAGUCACAAAACAACCAUAGUAACCACUAGUCACAUGGACAGCACAGAUGUACCAAAACACACGAUGAUCCCUAUCUCUCCUCCUCUUCGUAUUUAUCACUAUGUUGGAUUUUCUAUUAACCUUAACUUCGAGACAGUUUGAUUCUGAUUAUGUUAUUUUCCAGUGCACACGUGUGUGUCCACCUAUAUAUAUAUAAAAAAAAGAAAAAUAUACUUCUAAGGGAGAUAAUUACGUUCUGCCUUCACUUCGAAAUACCUUUACGUUUUUUUGUAAGAGAAAUUAUACAUGUGCAGUUUUGGACAUGUUAAAACUGUCUGAAGAAAGAGAAUACUUGAAUUCUUUUGAAUUUCACAAACCCAUAAUUUAUGAUGUGAAUGUUUUCUUUCAUGUUUCUUCCUUUGUACGUUGUUGUGCAGGUGCAGUAUUUUGUACAGAAAUGGAACAUCUGCCAUCGGACUUGUCUGUCUUGUAUUUUUGUGAUAGUUGUUGCUGUAUUUGUGCAUCUUUUUUGAUUGUAGCCUACGAGUUUAACGAUAGAGUGUAGAUACAGACUUCUGCAAAUAUAAACAUUAUCACUAAGUGCUUGUAUGCUGUGUU